AUGGUGCGGGGCUCGGCGGCGGCGGGGGCCGGUGCAUUGGGGCCGCCGGGGCCGCCGGGGCCGCCGGUGCCGCCGCCGGUGCCGCCGGUGCCGGGCGGGAGGAGGGACAAAGGCGGCGGAGCGGAGCCCGAGAGCUCCCGGUGGGCGCGGUGCCUCAGCUCCUCGGCGGGGGUCGGGGGGGACACCAUCUUCGCCCUGUCCUCGGCCCCCGGGCGCUGCGGGGUCGCCGUUAUCCGCGCCAGCGGCCCGGGCAGCCGGGGGGCCCUGCAGACCCUCACCGGGACCCCCAAGCUGCCCCCGCCCCGCGUCCUGGCCCUGCGGCGCAUCCGCGACCCCGACACCGCCGAGACCCUCGACCGCGGGCUCGUCGUCUGGUUCCCAGGACCCCGGAGCUUCACCGGGGAGGACUGUGCUGAGCUGCACGUGCACGGGGGGCCUGCUGUGGUCAGCGGGGUGCUGCGGGCACUGGGGCGCCUCCCGGGGCUCCGUCCCGCUGAUCCCGGGGAGUUCACGCUCCGAGCGUUCCGCCGGGGGAAGCUGGACCUGACGGCGGCCGAGGGCCUGGGGGACCUGAUCCGGGCGGAGACGGAGGCGCAGCGGCGGCAGGCGCUGAGGCAGAUGGAGGGCGAGCUGGGCCAGCUCUACCAGCGCUGGAGCGACACCCUCACCCAGGCGCUCGCCCACCUCGAAGCCUACAUCGACUUCAGCGAGGACGACAACGUGGAGGAGGAGGUUUUGUCCCGAGUGGACGGUGCCGUGCGGGCGCUGGAGCGGGAGAUCGGGGCCCACCUGCGGGACGGGCGCCGGGGGGAGCUGCUGCGGGGGGGGGUCCGCGCCGUCAUCGCCGGGCCCCCCAACGUGGGCAAGAGCAGCCUCCUCAACCUGCUGUGCCAGCGCCCGGCCGCCAUCGUGUCACCGGUGGCAGGGACGACGCGGGACGUGGUGGAGGUGGCCCUGGACAUCGGGGGGUACCCGCUGGUGCUCAGUGACACGGCCGGGCUGCGCGAGACCACCGACCUGGUGGAGCGGGAGGGGGUCGCCCGCGCGCGGGACCGGCUGUGCCAGGCCGACCUGGUGCUGGCCGUGCUGGAUGCCAGCGCGGUGCCCCCUGAGCCGGCGGGGCUGGGGGCUGCGCUGGGAGCCCUGCAGGCCCCCCCCGGCACCCCCUGCGUCCUGGUGCUCAACAAAGCCGACCUGCUGCGGGGGGACGGGGGUCCCCUGCGCCACGGCUGCGCCCAGAGACCCCCCCUACCCCCCACCACCCUCCUCUCCUGCAAGACGGGCGAGGGGCUCGACCGACUCCUGGAGCUGCUGGCGCGGGAGCUGGCGCGGCUGUGCGGGGACCCCCUGUGCGGCUCUCCCAGCCUGACCCAGAGCCGGCACAGCCGGCACCUGGGGGGCUGCGCGGCGGCGCUGGCGCGGUUCGGGCGGGAGCGCCCGCGGGACCUGGCGCUGGCGGCCGAGCAGCUGCGGCUGGCGCGGCGGGAGCUGGGCCGGAUCACCGGCCACGUGGGCGCCGAGGACGUCCUGGACAUCAUCUUCAGGGAUUUCUGCGUGGGGAAGUGAGGGAUGCGCCCGGGGGUCCCCCCUCGC